AUGUCCCACGCCCAGAGUGGUGCAGGAUCAGCGAAUUACUUGCCCUACAACAAAUUACACCAUUCCCACUCGUUCUCAUCCACCACUCGGGCAACUCCGCCUCCCCGAGGACCGCAAAUGUCCUCAUUCGGCCUCUCCAACGGUGCUGCCUCCCGUGGCAGCUUCAACAGCAACUACGACGGUGGAAAUGACUAUGGAUCCAUGAUGUCUUACCAAGAAGACCAUGGACCACAGAUCUAUCGUGCGGUGUAUUCCAACAUCUCGGUCUACGAGAUGGAGGUGAAUGGAGUUGCUGUGAUGAAACGCCGAUCCGAUUCGUGGCUGAAUGCUACCCAAAUCCUGAAGGUGGCUGGCGUUGUGAAGGCUCGGCGCACAAAGACUUUGGAAAAGGAGAUCGCAGCGGGCGAGCAUGAAAAAGUCCAAGGUGGCUACGGAAAGUACCAGGGAACUUGGGUCAACUACCAGCGAGGUGUGGACCUCUGUCGCGAAUACCAUGUUGAGGAGCUCUUGAGACCGCUGCUGGAGUACGACAUGAGUCCUGAUGGCACUGGUCCUUCGCACGGUGCUCUGGACACUCCAACCAAAGAGCAGGCCAUGGCAGCUCAGCGCAAGCGUCUCUACAGUGGCGCUGAAAAUCGCAGCAUGUCCCAGUCUCAGCAGGGCACUUUCUUCCAGAAUAUCUCUCGCACGGCUGCGACCGCGGUCAAUGCCCUGAGCAAGGCUCGCUUCGACUCUCCGAGUGCAAACAGUCGCCGACCUAGUGUCAUGCGCAAGCCAUCACACCAAAUGAGCAGCCAAGAUUCGCAGAUGCAGUUCAGCAGUCAACAAAGCAUGUAUGUUUCCGACAGUGGAUUCAGCAGCGCUCACCAUAACCGUUUGCCGACGCACGAUGAGCAAGAUGAAUUCACGGAGCCUCCGCGCAAACGGGUGCGCUCGACGUCACACCAAGGUCCACCCAUUGGACUCCCUCGAGACCACUCCACCAUGUCCAUCAAUGAGCCUACUCCAACAGAGCCCAAUGACUCGUUCUAUCAAGACAUGGACUUGCCCCCAACACAUUUGGACGACGGGCACAAACAUGGAGCUGAGCCCAUUGCCCCCGCGUCGGAUCCCGAGGGCUUCCAGAAGCAGAAGCUGAUCAUGACCCUCUUUCUUGACAAGAGAAUCAAGGACUUUUCCAAUCAUCCCGCUAUGGUACAAUUGACUGGCAAAGACCUUGAAAUGCCUUUGGAUGAAUAUCGAAACAAUGCGCUUCACUGGGCUGCCAUGCUCGCCCGGAUGCCCCUUGUUCAUGCGCUUGUCGCCAACGGUGUGAGCAUCUCUCGGGUCAACGCCGCGGGUGAGACUGCUUUGCAGAAAGCAGUGGGAACUCGCAACAACCUUGACUACCGAAGUUUCCCGCGUCUGCUCCAAGUGUUAGCGCCCACUAUCGACAUGGUCGACUACAGCGGGCGAACAAUCUUACACCAUAUUGCGGUUAUGGCAGCCACCGGCGGAGGCGGGCAUGUCUCGGCGAAGCACUAUCUUGAGGCCCUUCUGGAAUUCAUUGUUCGUCAUGGUGGGAGCCCAUCCACAAAUAAUGGCAACCACGCACAGAAUGAUACAGCCCAGGGCGGCGAAGUCAUUACUCUUGGCCGCUUCAUCUCCGAAAUCGUGAACCUACGUGAUGAUCAGGGGGAUACCGCGUUGAAUCUUGCGGGACGGGCGCGAUCGGUGCUAGUUCCUCAACUCCUGGAGGUUGGGGCUGAUCCUCAUAUUCCCAAUCACACGGGCCUGCGGCCCGCAGAUUAUGGUGUUGGGGUCGACAUGGUAGAGGGUAACGGUCAGACGCAAGCAAAUGGGCGCAAUGAUACAUUUAUCGAUCAAUUGGCCAAGUCCAAGAAGGAUAUCCUCGAUGCUGCGCUGUCACAAAUCAGCAGUGUCGUUGAAGAAGCCCUCGGGACCAAGGCCCGCCAGAUUGAGCAGAAACAGCUUGAUGCCCUGGAAAAGAAGGUCUCCGAGCGGGCUCAUUAUGAUCGCCGGAUUAAAAAUCUCGAGCAGUCCUCUGCAGAGCUGAUCGACACGUUGCAAAAUACACCCGGGGUUGAUGUGACCCAGACUGUGGUCAUUGGCGAUGCUGACAAGGCUUCGGGGGUGGAUCCCACCUUCUUCAAAGCUCUGUUUGGAGAAACAUUCAAUCCCUCUGCUGGGUUUUCCACUCCGCAGAUUGCUUUUCUUUCUUCCCUUCCCCCGCCCGAGACUCUGAAGCAUUACAUCCAGUGCUAUCAAGACGUGAAUACUGCCACUGUGGCGGAGGUGAAUGCUCUGAAAGCCAAAAACGCUAUUCUUGGGCAGAAUUACCGACGCAUGGUCAUGGCGUGCACCGGCUGGAGCGCUGAGAAAGCCGACGAGUCCGCCGAGGGUCUCACGCAGUGUGUCAAAGAGCUGAACGAUAAUCCGGUUCCUGAAGAUGAGGCGAUUGAGAUUUUGAUGCAGGAUCGGGGCCAGGAUUGUUCCCCCGCAGUCGGGGUCCAUGCCGAGACUAUCGUGGAUGAGAUUACCCGAGUAAUCGUCCGAUCUGUCAUUUCCUUGCUGAUAGCACGCACCUUCUACACCUUUGCCCAGCAGUUUCUCCAUCCGGCGAGCACCAUGGCUAGUGGAAUUCUUCGUGUCAAAGACAACACGGUUGUCGAUGGAAAUGGGCAGCAAGUCGUUCUUCGCGGGGCUGCGAUCGGAGGAUGGAUGAAUAUGGAGAACUUUAUCACCGGAUUCCCCGGUCAUGAGUCGCAACAUCGCGCCGCCAUGCGAAGGGUCCUGGGUGAUCAAAAAUACGAGUUCUUCUUCGACAAGUGGCUAGAGUACUUUUUCACCGACGCAGAUGCCAAGUUCUUUGCGAGCCUGGGCCUGAAUUGUCUUCGUAUUCCUUUCAAUCAUCGCCACUUUGAGGAUGACAUGAAUCCCCGAGUUUUGAAAGAGUCUGGUUUCAAGCACAUGGAUCGUGUUAUUGAACUGUGCGCUGCCAACGGAAUCUAUACUAUUCUCGACAUGCACACUGUACCUGGUGGUCAGAACCCAGACUGGCACUCAGACAACCCCACAAACUACGCCGCCUUCUGGGACUACAAGGACCACCAAGACCGCACGGUGUGGUUGUGGAAGCAGCUUGCCACUCGGUACAAGGACAAUGCUUGGGUGGCGGGUUACAAUCCUCUCAAUGAGCCCUGUGAUCCAAUGCACGUCCGCCUUCCUGCGUUCUACGAGCGGAUUGAGAAGGAAAUCCGUUCAGUGGACCCUAACCACAUCUUGUGGCUGGAUGGUAACACAUUUGCCAUGGAGUGGAACGGUUUCGACAAAGUGCUUCCCAACUGUGUCUACGCCAUGCACGACUACUCGACUAUGGGAUUCCCUACCGGUGAACCUUACAAGGGCACCCCCGAGCAGAAGCAGUCCCUCGAACGCAAAUACCUUCGCAAGGCAGACUUUAUGAUUCAAAAUAAGACUCCCAUCUGGAACGGCGAAUUUGGCCCCGUCUAUGCCGAUGCGGCCCUCGACGCCGACGCCGAGGCGAUCAAUCAAGAUCGGUACAACCUGCUCGGCGAGCAACUGCGUAUUUACGACAAGUACAACAUCAGCUGGUCGAUCUGGCUGUACAAGGAUAUCGGUCUGCAGGGUAUGCUCUACACCAACCCGGAGAGUAAGUGGAACAAGACCAUUCAGCCCAUCCUUGAAAAGAAGCGCAAGUUCUGGCUCGACAAGUGGGGACAGCGUCCUGCGCCAGAGCCAGAGGCCGUCUUCCGACCGAUGGUGGAAUGGAUUGACAAGGUCAGCCCGGCGGCCAAGCAGACGUAUCCGACUUCAUGGAAUACGGACUUGCAUCUCCUCCGAAAUGUGUUCAACACCUUCCUGGCACAGUCUUUCGUCGAUGAAUUCGCCGAGCUUUUCCGAGACAUGGAUGAGAAGCAGCUCGAUGAGUUGGCGAGAAGCUUCCAUUACGACGAGUGUAUGCAGCGCGAGGGGCUGAAUCAGAUCCUGAAGGAUCAUGCUCGAGUGUCAAAAUAA